AUGCCAGCGUCCUCCUCCAGCGCUCCACCGCCCUAUCCCGGCGCCUCUCCGUCACCGGGGACGGGAAAUGCAUCCGCGGGGUCCGGAUCUGGGGCUCCCCGUCCGCUGCGGGCUCCGCCAGAGACGCCGCCGCUGCCGGGUGCCACCACCUCCGAGCCCAAACCCGCCGCCGUACCUGCCACGGUUGGAGGGUUGGUGGACGAGACGAUGGUCGUCGUCGAGGACGUCCUGGAUGAUGAGGACGAGGAGGAGGAUGUGGUUGACGAGGACGAGGACGAGGAUGCGGCACGCUCGGGUAGGCCCUCGCCGUCCUCCCUCUCCGCGCAUGCCCCACCCUUCUUCCCCGCCCAUCGGCUGGCUGGGAGGAGCAAGUUCCGGCGUUGGGAGGAUAACCCCGGUGCGGGCAGCUUCGACGACGAACUCGCCUCUUCUGCCGCGCGCUCGUCGUACCUGGACGCUACUCGCAGGGCUCUCCGGGCCACGCCUCCACCGCCGGCUGGGGCUCCGGACGCGGCGCAGAGCGCUGUGGAGGGAACCCAUCCGGUGCCUGCAAGGGGGAAGCGGCGUCGUCGGUGCAGGACCGCUGCGCCCAACGGCCGAGGGACUCAACCGUUGAACGCCGCGCGUGUGCCCGCGCAGCGUCGCCUCGGUUCGCAGCCAACGGCGAGAGUUCCGGUGCACCAACGACUCGGUCCGCGGCGUACGGCGCCCGUGCUUGACACGUCUCGGCGACCCCAUCGAAGGCCCAACGUACGGAUUCCAGCUUGUCGAGCGUCGUCGUCUUCGGCGCUCCCCGAGGAGUACAUCAACCAAACGCCACCGCCCCGUCCUGCCGGAGCUCGUGGGUUGCUGCUUCAACUGCCUCGCGCACGACCACAUCGGCACUCAGUGUCGUUCCCCGACCCGCUGCCUACGCUGACGGGGUACCGGCCAUCAUGCCAGGGCAUGCAAGAGUGCUCAUUCGCCAGCAGGCAACCGAGGCCGUCGCCGUCGGUGGCGCGUCGCCCCAGCUGGAGUGCCUUUAGGGCACGUCGCCCUGAUGGUCCGGCGCGACCCAGACUGUCUCCAGAAUGUCACGCCGCGACAGGUCCGACGCCCACAACGUUGCCGUGUCGUGUGCUGCGGUCGACCGCGCCGUCAUCGUCGCCGCAGCAGCACCACAACAGCAGCCGGCCGGUUUCACCACCUCCGGGUGUCGUUGAUAACUGUCCCAAGGUCGAGGUCUACGUCGUCCAGAGGAACGUGGAGCUCGCAGCGUCUAGAGCGGACCCCCGGGUCUAUGCUUGGCUCGGGGCUCCUUUGCGCGCGAGUGUCAGCAGGACGGCCACUCUAGCAUCGCUGUGCAAGGAGGCGGGCAAGCGGUGCACCCUAAGCCUGAGCUCGCAAUGGACCGUUGCUCGGAGGACGUCCCUCAUCCCCGGACAGCCUAGGCUGCGUACGCCAAGGACGCCGGUCUCCGUUCGGUCGCUACGGCACAGUGAACGCCUGGCGGCGAAGCCACGCGAGGCGGACUCCAUCAAGCAGGCUCAGUGCGUGCUCAUGCAGAAGCUGGGCGUCAUUGCACGCUCACCCAUCGUCGACUCUGAGACGGUGCGUAAGUACAAAUCUACCUUCCAGACACCGUUAUCGGCCUCCAAGCAGGAGGCGCUUCAGCUUCUUUUCGGUGGGGAUUUUGACUCGUUGGCCAUGAACUUCGAUAUGGUCGAGAUGGACGAGGUUUGA